CUUGGGUUCCGGACACUACAGAAAAAAAAUACUGUUUUCACAAGUCUGCGUGAUAAAUUUUGACUUUUAUUUAACUAAUAAGUAAUCGUAUUGCAGUUGGUAGCAAAGUAAGUUUGUGUUCUAGCAUGAAGUAACUUAAAACAUACAAAAAUGAACGCAUGCUAAUCAAAGCUAGGCUAGCUAUUGCAUUUCUCCUCGGGUUUAUAAAAGUCUCACGAUACUGUCUUACCUGGUCUGAAUGUUAUAUUAAUUUUAGUUGUGUCCGCUCGUAGCUGAUACUAUUUGACAAAGCAGUCUCGCGUCGGUACACUUUAUGGUCCUGCCACAGUCUUCCUAAAAGAAGGGACCAUGAAUAUCCUCCCCAAGAAAAGCUGGCAUGUCCGAAACAAGGAUAAUGUGGCCCGGGUCCGGAGGGACGAGGCUCAAGCGGCCGAAGAGGAGCGAGAGGCCAAGAGAAGAGUGGAGCGGGCAGAGCAAGAGGCUCGUACAGAGUUUUUGAGGAGGAAAGCUCGAAGUGCACUUGAGGCUGCAGGGGUCAGCAGUAAUGACGUGGAGGAGAGCGGAGGGAGCAGAGUGUCUGACCAUCUGAACCUCUUUCCUCUGGAAGAGUCCUCAGAAAAGAAGGGCAACGAGGAGUACCUCAAAGAGAAGAAGGAGGAGAAGGAAAAGCAGGAGCGUGCCAUCGGCUUACUCGUUUCAUUGGGGCCACAGCCAGGAGAGGAGGUAACACCUUGGUACAUGAAAACUGGCUCAGAAAAGACUGAGAGUAAAGAAAGUGACAAGAAGACAACCCUGACAGAGGAGGAGAGGGAGAAGAGACAGCGCCGCCUAAAGGACAGUUUAGACCCUCUGAAUGACAUGAGGAAAGGCCUGGGAGUGAAAUACGGAAAGGAACAUAAGAGCAAGAAGAAGGAUAAAUGUGACCGAGGGGAGAAGAGGAGCCAUGGAGAGAGCUCCAUAGAGAGGCUGCGAGCGGAGCGUCUGCAGAGGGAGGCAGAGGAGCGGAGGAGGGCUCAGGCUUUGAUCGACCAGAGGAACGGAAAAGGAAAAGACAAUGACGCCUCAAGGAACCUUAACGACAGAGACCGCCCGUACAACAGCGCGUACUUCCCCGAACUCGCCCGAAAACGACAGAGGAGAGAUAGAGACAGCUGGAGGGACGAAAUAUUAAAAUCAUGAACUGUA